UUCUCGUUUUAUAUUAAUUUUUAUCAUAAAUUUUUGAUUUUUAUUCUUUGACUUACAUUUCUAUGGAUAUGAUAAUUUACUUGAUAUGCUCUCUUGGAGCUGUAAGUGGUUUUAUCACUGUCUUAUUGAAUGCGAGGUUGAUUUGGAAAAUUGUUUUGAAGAAAGCGAAUCGAAAUGACGACAUGCAGUUGUUCUAUUAUCGAUUUUUAACGGACACAUGUUUUGGCACUUUUUUGUUUUGCAAUAUUGUGUACACUAUUCUGUCAAUGAAUUUUCCCGAAUUUAUGGUCAAUUACAACAGUUUCAUUGUAUACUCCGCGCUUCCUUGGUCACAUUUUGCAGCCUGCCGAUCUGCAAUCGCCCUAUCAAUAUCAUUCGAAAGGUUCAUUGCCGCAUAUUUUCCAAUUUUGUACCGUACAACCAGGAGCAAAAUCCCAAACUGGCUUAUUUUCCUGCUCGCCAUAUCUUUCGGGUUUUCCGAGGAGAUAUGGCUCUUUAAGUUUUGCGACUACAAACUGGAUAUCCCAUCAAACUGUAAAGUAUUUGGAUGCGCGGUGAACUCUUGUUUCUACAGCUUUUGGACAAUUCAUAAAAGUAUAAUAUUUUUCUCGAUCCUGGUGUUUUCUAUACUGAUAUCUAUAAAACUAUUUAUCUGGAAUACUAAUGGGCAAUCUAGCAAUCAAAUUUCCAAAGCCAAUAGGCUAGCUUUAUUAGACACCUUUGUGGUUCUACUAUUUGAUUUUCUUCCAUCAUUUUGCGGGACUAUGUGGCCUACUGCACCAGUUUUUUCAUUUGAUGUCGUCGGUCCCUACAACUCAGUACUGAAAAUCAUCGGAUGCGCCAUAGAAUCAAUAGUUGUAUCUAGACUUUUGGUGCUUAGGAAAGAUGAGAAUUCAGUUAGUAUUCAGAACGUGGCGGUUAGAAAAGCAUCGUCAAGAUACUCGAAAACAUGAAAUAAAUACUUUUUUCACAAUUAAAACUAUCGUAUUUAUUUUUAUUGAAGUUUCACCUCUAAGAGCAAUUCGUAUAAAAUUGUUUGUAAAUUCUUCAUUUUUUACGGCGAAAUAAAUUUUGGAAGCCUCAA